AUGGCCCGCCUCUCUACCCUCGCCGCCGCCCUCGCCCUCGCCAGCACUGCGCUCGCCCAGAACCUCAUCAACACGCCCUCGCUGUUCCAGUGCACCGCCGCCGCCCUCACCUACCAGUGCGCCGCACCGCCGUGCACCGUCGUCGCUCGCCCCUCGGGCGACCAGACCCAGCAGCUGUGGUCCGGCGGCGAGGUCGCCGAUGCGUCGGGCAGCGUCAGCUGGAAGCCGGUCAAUGUCGCUGAGGGGACCGACGUGACGCUCUGGAUCACGGACAGCAACGGCGCCACCGUCUCGUCGGCGUCGGUCACCGUCUCGGGCGGCUCGGACGACUGCCUCUCGUCGUCGGGCUCGUCCGGCUCGUCGUCGACCAAGGCCGCCUCGUCGGCCACCAGCUCCGCCGCCGCCGUCGGUGCCGCCGCCACAUCGGCCGCCGCCUCGGGCGCCUCCAAGGCCAUGUCGGCUGUCUCGUCGGCCCUGAGCGGCUCGGCAACGACCUCGGGCGCCGCUGCUCCCUCGUCGUCCGGCGACUCUAACAGCGCCGCGGGCUCGCUCAUCAUUCGCGGCUCGGCUCUCGGCGCCGCCCUCACCAUCGCUGCCGUCGCUCUGUCCGUCUGA